AUGCUGGCACGUCCACUCUACCGCUCUGCUGUGCAGCCGCGCCACGUCGUGCCCCGUCGUAUCGCCCGUCAUCGCGUACUGUGUUCGGGUCCGACGAAGCAGAUCGCGAGCGCUGCGGUCCCGUUGAAAGUCGGCGUUGCUGCAGGCAGUGUAGCAGGUCUCGUCUCAGGCCUCACGGGUGUUGGCGGAGGUAUUGUUCUGAUUCCGGUGUUGGCCAAGUUCACGUCGUUGUCCCAACAAGUGAUCAACGGCACUUCAAUAGGCGCCGUGGCCAUUGCUGCAUCAGUUGGCGCGUACAACUACAUUCAGUCAGGUGCUUGCAACGUGCCAUUGGCAUUGGCCACGACCGUUCCUGCGAUUUUCGCCACGAAAUACGGCGUGCAGACGGCCCAUCGACUGUCCAGUCCAAAGUUGUCGCUGCUCGUGGGCGCUGCUAUGCUCGCGUGCUCGCCGCUGAUCUUCCUCAAGAACAGCUCUCAUAUGCCCAAGUGGAGCGACGGGCAGAACCCACUGGAUCUCCAGUUUUUCGUCCCGCAGCAAAAGGAUCUUGAAAAGACGCAAUCGAUUUUGGAGUCCAGCAAAGCAGUGUACCCAUCAAGUGCAGCAAACUUGUCGACAGCAGUGUCAAAGCAGUACGUGGCCCGCGUACAGGCCGACUGGACAGGUUUUGCGGCCGUGAAUGUCAAGUAUGCGUUUGCUGGGGCAGCUGCUGGGUUCAUCUCGGGACUCUGUGGACUGGGAGGAGGGAUCCUCAUCACGUCGUACCUCACGGCUGCGAGCGACAUGCCACAAGCCACGAUCAUCGGCACGUCACUGCUGUCGGUCGUCCCUACCGCUGCAUCGUCGACGAUAUUCAAUCUGCGGGCAAAGUCAGUGCACUUGCCAACUGCCGCACGCAUUGGCGGCUCGCUGGCUCUUGCAGUGUAUGGCACUUCCAAGUACAUAACGCAUGACGUGCCGGAAGACGUUCUACGUGGCGUGCUGGGCACUACGCUGGGCGCUGCAGCCCUCAUCAUGAUGCGCCGUGCCAUGUAG